AUGACCUCCCAUAAGCCCUCUACCCUUGCUCUUUCUGAUGGCCGCACCUUGUCAUACGCCACGUACGGCUCGUCACUUACAAGCUCAACGCACAUCCCCAUCUUCUACUUCCACGGCUUCCCUUCCUCUAGGAUCGAGGGCGCACUUUGGGACGACACGGCCAAGACUCUGGAUGUGCCGCUGAUCGCAAUAGACCGUCCAGGAAUGGGCCAUUCCACCCUCCAACAGAACCGCAAACUUCUCAACUGGCCCGAUGACGUGCUGGCCCUGGCAGACCACCUCGAAGUCAAGGAAUUUGGCGUCUUGGGCGUAUCCGGCGGCGGGCCCUAUGCCCUGGCAUGCUUGAGCGCCAUUCCAGAGGAGAGGCUCAAGAUCGGAGCGACAGUGUGCGGCGUGUACCCAUUGAACCUCGGCGCUCAGGGUAUACUGUUUCUGAGCAGGGCGCUAUUCUGGGGAGGGAAGUGGCUCCCACGCGUGACGGCGGCCGUCGUGGACCAUCAGGUUGGCCAGAGGGCGAGAGACCUGGACCAUCCGGAACGGUUUGCGGCCAAGAUCAAGCAGCAAAUGGUUGCUUCGGGGCCAAAGGUGGACAGAGAUCUGUUGGCCGCGAAAUUGGAGGAUCCCGCUUGGGCUGAUACGCUUGUCGAAGCGUUGCGGCAGAGUCAGAGGGAGUCGGGAUGGGGAACCUCGAUCGACGCUGGUAUUCUCGGCAGUGAUUGGGGAUUCCCUCUGACCCAGGUGGAUGGCAAAAGACUUAUGAUGUGGCAUGGCGUGCUUGAUGAAAAUUCUCCUGUAAGGAUGGCCGACCAAGCAGCAGAGUUGAUGCAUCCAGCCGCUUAUCACCGACUGGAAGAAGAAGGCCAUGCGAGUCUGGGCUAUGGGCGAAUGGCAGACGUACUAAGUUCGCUCCUUGUUAAGUCGAAGUAG